UGUGCAAGUAAGGAACGUCGCUCUCACCGGAGACCACUGGACUUCGGUGAACAAUGAUAAUUACUUGGGGGUCAUGGCGCAUUUUAUUGAUAACGACUGGACUAUGCAAUCGUUUGCACUAACAGUGAGUAAAACUGAAGAGAGACACUAUGCUGAGGCGUGUGCUGACCAUUUUCUGAAUGUUGCAAACGAAUGGGAAAUCAAGAACAAGGUAACCACGCUUGGCACCGACAGUGCUCGUAACAUGGUUGCAGCCGCCAGACUACUUCCAUUUGAACACAUGCCCUGCAUGGCCCACAUUCUGCAAAGAACGGUCACAGUUUCUCUUAAUGACAGCGCAUUUGAAAGGGCUCUGGCCAAAUGUCGCAAGAUUGUUGGACAUUUUAAGCAUAGUCCAGCAAACGCUCAGGAAUUAAAGGCACAGCAAGCUGCACAUGGACAUCAAACAGAACCGCUUGUUCAGGACGUUCCAACAAGAUGGAACUCCACCCUAGAGAUGAUCAAGCGGAUCCAGAGAAACAAAUCUGGGCUGACCACCAUCCUGACUCAACAAAACAGCAAGGUGACCAUGUUGACUGACCAGGAGCUUGACAGACUGCAAAAGCUGGAGGAACUACUUGAACCUUGCAGAUAUGUUACCGAACUGCUGGGGGGAGAGCGGUAUGUCUCCUGUUCCAUGGUGUUGCCAGCCUUGUGUCAUUUGUUCAGGAUUAUGGAGCCCUCAGAUGAUGACCCAGUCUACGUUUUGAGGUUUAAGAAGGUUUUUACCACAGACCUAGCUCAGCGGAGGGACAGCAGCAAUCUCACAUGGCUGAAGAUCGCUACUGCCCUUGAUCCCAGGUUUAAAGACCUUAAGUGCCUUUCCAAAGAUGAAAGAAGAGAGGUGUGGGCAUCAGUACAUGACCUUCUGAUGGCAGAGACGGAUGCACACCAACCAUCUGUUCAGACAACUCAGGAACCCUCACCAAAGAAGAGCAAGAUGUCCAUCUCCUUGCUGGGUUCUCCUGAUUCAGAUACAGAGGAAGAGGAAGAUGCUAUAGACUGCUGUCUGAAUCUGUACAAAGCAGAGUCCAAAAUUGACAUAGGAGAGUGUCCACUACAGUGGUGGUUAAAGAGAGAAGGAGCACAUGCCAGGCUGGCACCUAUUGCACGCAAGUACCUGUCAACCCCUGCAACCACAGUGCCUUGUGAGAGAUUAUUCUCACUCUCAGGUCACAUCAUUCAAAAGAAGUGUGCUUCUUUGUCAUCAGACAAUGUAAACAGAAUAGUCUGCCUCAGUAACUGGCUGAGUGCAAAGAAGGACUAA